AUGGCCCUCAAUACCUUAGUUCUCGCCGGCUCUCUUCUGUUGGGUCUGGUGACAGCCCAGACGCCCGACAGCACGGCCGAAAAUCAUCCCAAACUCACGACGUACAAGUGUACGACGGGGGGUGGAUGCGUUGCCCGAAAUACAGCCCUUGUUCUCGAUUCCUCUUCGCACCACAUCUACCAACUCAAUGCACCUGGUUUCAACUGUGGCGACUGGGGGUCUGGGGCAAAUGCAACAGCCUGUCCUGACGAGGAAGCAUGUCAGCGAAACUGUAUUCUUCAAGGAAUCCCAGAUUACACUUCGAAUGGGGUGUACGCCAAUGGUUCAGACCUGACCCUUGUUAUGCUGAGCAGUGAUGGCAAGACUGAGUACAGCCCGCGCAUUUAUCUUCUUAAUGAGGCUGAAGAUGCAUACGAGAUGCUCCAUUUGACCGGGCAAGAGUUCGCCUUUGAUGUCGACAUGAGCAAGCUACCUUGCGGGAUGAACUCAGCGCUCUACCUGUCGGAGAUGGAAGCCACCGGGGGGAAAGACUCAUCGGAUCUCUCCGUGGCAGGGGCUGAAUAUGGUGCUGGUUACUGCGACGCUCAAUGCUACACAACUCCAUUCAUCAAUGGUCUGGGUAACAUCAACGGGAGUGGUGUUUGUUGCAACGAGCUUGAUAUCUGGGAGGCCAACUCGCGCGCAACUCACGUUGCACCCCACCCAUGCAAUGUUGGCGGCCUUUACGCGUGUGAUGCAAGCGGCCAGGAUUGCGGACCCAAUGGCAUCUGCGAUAAGGACGGUUGUUCGAUGAAUCCAUACAAAAUGGGACACCCGGGAUACUAUGGGCUCGAUCUAGAGGUUGACACAACCCGACCUUUCACCGUUGGAGUUACUCCACAGAACUUUCUGGAUGACGAGUAUUGCAGUACAACAGGCGCGGAUAAGUACUUGAGUCUAGGGGCAACGGAGGGAAUGGGAGCGGCUAUGAGCCGCGGGAUGGUCCUAAUCUUCUCAAUCUGGUGGGACAAGGGUGGCUCCAUGCAAUGGCUAGAUGGACUGAGCUCGAACGCUGGGCCUUGCAAUGCAACCGAGGGGAAUCCCGAGGUUAUCAAGUCCAUUCAACCUGACACACAGGUUACUUUCAGUCAGAUCAGGUGGGGUGACAUCGGGUCAACAUUCUCAGAUUCCUCAAACGGGACGAGCGGCACGAAAGGCUCAGGAUCAGCUGUGACGUCUCUAUCACGACGACGCAUGCCGAAGGCCUCACUUUCCAAAGCAUGGGCGGCUACAGCUCGGUCUGCAAGUGGAGCUCAAAACUAG